AUGACGUGCAAGAUCCAUGUUGCUGGUGAAGGCAGCGUGCGGCUUGCGCUGGACGCCUACGAGGCGGUUCGGAAGCAGAAUCCGAACGGUCCCAAGCAUGAACUGGCACAUUGCAACGCAGUUCACCCAGACGACAUCCCACGCAUCGCCAGCCUCAGACUCACAGCGGAAAUGUCUCCCGCCAUGUGGCACUACCCUCUCGUCCAAGCCGUCCCGCACCUCCUCCGCUGGCCCUUCAACGAGAUCCUCGCCACAGGCGCCCACAUGACCAUCGGCUCCGACUGGAUCCUCACCGCGAACCCCAGCCUCUUCGAUCCACUAGCUCACCUCGUCGAGAGACUGGAGAUACCCGGCCCACCACCUCAAGAAGAGUUGACGAAGAAGCAGAUCGCCGCGAGAGCGCUGUGUCGGAUCAUCACGCUAGGAGGUGCGGAGGCCGUGGGGAGGAGUCAUGUUCUGGGCAGUGUGGAGGUGGGCAAGACGGCGAAUUUCAUCGCGGUGGAUCGGGAUUUGAGUGAGGGGGAGUUUGCUGGGGCAGAGGUGUUGAAGACUUGGUUUGAGGGACGGCAGGUUUAUAGUUCGGUGUCGGGGCAGGUGGGGUUGUAG